AUGUGGAGUGUGAGCGCAGUGAUGCUGCUUCUCGGCGCUGCCGCCCUCGGCGCCGCAGACUCGGACCCGCAGCGGCCGCGCCACGACUCCAACCUGGAGAUCUACAAGCGUCUGUUUGAGACGAAGAGGAAGGACCAGCUGAACGCUCUCAAGAACCUGGUGGAGCUGAAUGACAUCAACCAGCAAUACAAGAUCAUAGACAUCAUGCUCAAAGGCCUUUUCAAGGUGUUGGAAGACUCCAGACAGGUCCUGGUGGCGGCCAACUUGAAGCCUAACGAUCCCUUCCCCAUGGACGACAAAAUCAAAGAAGCCUAUUCCCACAUAGUGGAGAACACAGCAUUUUUUGGCGAUGUGGCGCUGCGUUUCCCACGUAUUGUGCACCACUAUUAUGACCGCAAUGCCGACUGGGGAGGCCUGCUGCGCUGGGGGCUGAACUUCUGCAACCAGACAGGAGUCUUCACAGGAGGAGCCCACCAGCACGUCCUGACUCUUAUGUCACAGGAGCUGGGCAUAACGGAGAAAGCCCCAGACUUUAUAAACCCGUACCGCACAGAGAGAGAUGAUGUAAGUCCUUCACACCGCUGA